GCAAAAACAUAGUUGAACUUUCAGAAUGCUGUAUUUUCAUAUGGAUUUAAAAACUUCUUACUCAGAUUGGUUAUUUUCUGUGCGGUGUCUAUCAAAUAACAAAAGAGCAGCUUUAACAGAGAUAAUUGAUGUGUUACGAGCUGUGUGUCGUGCGCAUAGUUUGCCACUGGCAUUGACAUGGAUCCCCUGUUAUUAUAGUGAGGGGAUAGGAGAUGAAGCUUCAAGAAUACGGACUAAAGAAGGGCGUAAACUUCCCGGUGAAAAAACUGUACUAUGCAUUGAAGAAUCAGCUUGCUAUAUAAAUGAUAUUGUGGUAGGAGGAUUUGUUCGUGCGUGUGUUGAACAUUAUCUCGAGGAAGGGCAAGGUGCAGCUGGGAAAGCUCUUCAAUCAAAUCGUCCAUUCUUCUGUCCCGAUGUGAAGGCCUAUAAUAUUAGUGAAUAUCCCCUUGUUCACCAUGCGCGAAAAUAUAAGUUGAAUGCCGCCGUUGCAAUCAGGCUAAGGAGUACACAUACCAAUGAUGAUGAUUACAUAAUAGAAUUCUUUCUACCUGUCAAUAUGAAUCGAUGUCAAGAGCAGCAAGUUUUAUUAGAGAAUCUAUCACGUACUAUGCAGAGAAUGUGUCAGACUUUGAGGAAAGUCUCGGAUGCUGAAUUAUACGGGAUCGAAGGUUCGCAAGUGCAGUUUUCAAAGGAAGAAGGCUCUCAUAUGGCGCCGGAUGGUAACCUUGAUUCGGUCCAACCUAUGUCCAUGACAAACAAUGAAACUGAAGCUGCUCAUAACCAGGAUAUGAAUGGAUCAAGAAAGCAGAUUGAGAAAAAGAGAAGUCCAGUGAAGAAGAAUGUUAGCUUGAGUGUUCUCCAGCAAUACUUCUCCUGUAGUCUUAAAGAUGCGGCUAAAAGCCUUGGUGUUUGCCCAACCACCCUGAAAAGGAUAUGCAGGCAACACGGAAUUGCAAGAUGGCCAUCGCGCAAGAUUAACAAAGCUAAUCGUUCGUUAAAGAAAAUACGAACCGUGCUCGACUCGGUCCAGGGUGUGGAAGGAGGACUGAAGUUUGAUCCUUACAAGGGGGGAUUUAUGUCAGUAGGAUCAAGCAACCAAGAAAUUAAUGCACAUAAAAGUUCUCUUUUUCGGAAGAAAUGUUCUGUAAAAUAUCCUGAUCCUGCAUCUGGUAGCAAAGAUUCAAAGCCAAUAGCCAUGGGUGAUGGUGGAUUACGGCAGGAACCCUUUCCGGUUUCUAUUUUGGAAAGUUCUUGGUGUGAUAUAGCAUAUCACAGUCCAAACUCCCUGGUUGCCGAUGAGAUGGAAACUUAUCUGAAUGGGGCUGACAAGCUCGGCGAGCAUUACAAUCCCACUACUUCAAGCAUGACAGACUCGUCGAAUGGCUCUUGCUCAAUUUUGCGCUCCAGCUCAUCUGCCUCUGGGAAAUUUGAGAAUCGGAAACAUUUGAAAGCCAAAUCACCUUGUGUUGAUAGUGGAUCAAAAAUUAUUGUCAAAGCUGCCUACGGAGAAGAUUUGAUCCGUUUCAAGUUUGAUCCUGCAGCUGGUUGUCUCCAGCUCUAUGAAGAAGUUGCAGCAAGAUUGAAAUUACAAAUCGGGUCAUUCCAACUCAAGUAUCUCGACGAUGAAGAGGAAUGGGUGAGGAUGGUAAAUGACUCAGAUUUGGAAGAUUGCAUAGAAAUGUUGGAUGAUCUUGGCACCCGUGCUGUGAAAUUACUUGUUCACGACAUGCCUAGUGGUUUGAGCAGCCUUGGCAGUAACGGUUGAUGAAUUCAAUGAACCACAAGAAAUUUUUGAUCCAAAUAACCUCAAUGACACAUCCAAGAUUGUCAACAUAUUUCAUUAGCAUUGUCUUUUAGCCACACAAGUUAGAUGAAAACAUUUCUAUAGAGUUUCCUGGAUGUGGUAUUGGAGUUAUUUGGAUUGAAGAUUUUUUGUAAUUUAAUCUUCUUCAAAGAGAAAAGGACCUUGAAGCAUGAUCAUGCUUCUUCAAAAUGUUUAUUUUCCAAACCUAGGAUAAUAGUCAUAAGUAAGUACUAGAAUGUUAAAUACAUAGUUGUAUGAGUUUUAUAAUUAAAUAGCUUAUAAAAUUUUAUAGUUAAAUAGUUGCAGUCAAGAGUGAGAUAAAUAGUUCU